AUGGCUAACCGUUUAAGACGCAACCAACCCGGAGGUCGCCCCGUGUUUCCGUGGUAUUCUUUCCCAAGGGAUGUUGCACCCGAGAUUGGCAUUGGAUGGGACAAAGGGUUAAUGGAAUCCAUUGAACCUUAUCUUGACAAGGUUUUUAAUGGAGUUCAUGGCCAGUUUAUGUGCUUGGGGUGGCGCCGGAUAUUCGAAAUUCAAGAGGUCGUGUAUAAGGAAUUAGUUCAUGAUUUUCUAGCAACAGUUUCCUUUGCAUGGAAAGAUGGGAUUUAUGUUGAUGACAACCUCACCUUUUGCCUUGGUGGUGAAAGACGCUCUCUUAGCCUUGCCGACUUUGCACUUAGGAUGGAAAUUUACCUUCCGUCCGAGGUUCAUUCGGAGUCAUAUCAGUAG